AUGUCCCGCUCCGCCGUCCUCACGCGCACGCACGCCCUCCUCAACGCCUUCAGCAACCCAUCGACCUCUCUCCAAACACUCCUCUCCAACUUCACCUCAUCGGAUCCCUGGGCCCUCGAGCACGGCCUCCCCUUGCUAGCGCCCUUCCUGGGCCGGAAAUACACCGGCCUCGAAGGCUUAAAGACGUAUUUCACGUUGUUGGCGGAGACGUUGGAGAUCGAGUGGAUGCGGUUCGAGGAGGAGGGGGGAUGGGUGGUUGACCUUGAUGGGGAGCAAGGGGAUGGCAAAGGGAAAGGGGAAAGCGAGAGGAAGGUGUCUUUGCGCGGAGAGGCGCAGUUUCGAUGGAAGAGUACGAAUCAGGCGUGGGAGGAGGGGUUUGCGUAUCGGAUUGGACUGGUAGAUGAGGACGGUGGCGAUGAUGUGAAGGUCAAGUCGUAUGAGGUUUGGGCGGAUACGGGGGCGGCUUAUUUGGCGAGGAUGGGGAAGUUGGAUCGAUUGAGUUAG